GCAUUGUGAUUUAAUGUGCAGACUAAAUUGCGCUACAGCAAACAUCAGAGUGUAUAAUAGGUAUGUUCUCUUCUUCUGGGACCUCAUCCGCAAUCAUAACCACCACCCUGCUGUGCACUUUCACAAAUGGGCUCCUGUAAUCCCACAACAACCAUCUGAAGGAGAUACAGUUUUUGCCCGUUUUGAAAAAACACAGAGGUCGCAGACUUUGCCCAGGAACUUCCUGCCAGGAAAUGGCUCAGAGCCAGGUCAGUGUGCAGCACAGGCCAGCACCCAGCCAUGACACCCAGCUGGAAGUUAGCAUUUCUCCACCAGGACUUGGAACAGCAGGCUCUUAGAACAGAAGGCUCCUGGGGCAGGUUGUUGUACAGUGCUGGACCACAUAGGUCAGCCUUUGCUUCUGGGGGUAGCUGGGAAGACAUCUCAAAAUGCUGAAGCUACUGCUCUUGCCAGUCACACAAUGCAUGGCCUUUAAACUGACCCAACAACAGAGGGACGGCAAGUAUAGGUUUUGGAAUGAGUUGAGCUACAUGCAGGUGGCAACUCUUCUGUUAGUGUCUCUGAACUCAGUUCUCAUCUGGGAAAUGAGCACACAUUUGCCCCUGGAUGUCUGUGAGUGUACCUGUGUGUCUCUUCUCUCCCUUCAUGAGUGUCCUGAGGUCAGCUGACCUUCGGGACACCUCUUGGCCUGAUUUUGAGCUUUGCAGUUUACCCUGGGCACAUUGCACCCCUCACGUGCACAGCACAACAGUUCUCGAGAGUCCCCUUUGACCUCUCACUGUUUGCCAGAGCCGGCAGACAGCAGCUUACUGAGCAUGCAGGGUGUUUCUUCCCCAGGUCCUUACUCAGCCAGAGGACUAGGGUUAGGCAGCAUCCUGCCUGCUUCUAUCAGUCCAGCAGCCUCUGAUCAGGUACAGCAGGUGCCUCCUAGGCGAGAAAGGCUCCCACUGUACUGAUGUGGGUGGGCCCGGGAAGCCCUGCCAUUACCCAAAGACAGGACUGUCUCCCGUCUUUGUGGAAAGACCAGGCUGCAGGUGGCAGUGUAAAGCAAAAGAGGGGGUGAGUGGCACUGUGGGGUGGUGGUAUCUUGUGUAUACAGUGGAUACACCUCUUCUUAUUUGUGAUUCCUCCUCCAGCACCCCCUUUUUUAUUUUUUUGAGACAUGAUCUCCCUAUGUAGUUUAGACAAGCUUUGAACUCACUAUAUAUCCUCAAAGCAGGCGAUCCUCCUGCCUCAGCUUCCAUAGGCCUGUUGUCUUCAUACCUGGUAUCUAUUUCAUUUUCCAAGAGGAAUUUCAUUCUGCUCCCACUGAUUUAAACUCUGAGCUAUAAUAGGGAAAGUAAAGUGACCUGACUAGGCAGGUUCUGUACGUUGCAAGGAGGUCACCCCGUCCUCAUUUGCUCCAAUCUUCAGCAAUAUUUCUCCAGAGGCGGCACGGGCAAGGAGAGAGGUUCUUGGGGAUCUUCUGUGGCGGGGCGGCAGCCAGAGUUUGCCCGGAGCGACCCAGGACCUUAUCCCGCUGCGGUCUGACUUUGGUGGCCACCGGCUGGAGUGGCGCAGCCAUGGGCCGAGGGGUGCGCAUGCUUCUCCUGCUGGGCCUCCUGCACUGGGCUGGGGGCGGCGAGGGCAGGAAGACCUGGCGGCGCAGAGGUCAGCAACCGGUCCCGCCGCCGCCACCCCCACUGCCCCCGCAGCGGACCGAGGCUGCACCGGGCACUGGGCAGCCGGUGGAGAGCUUCCCGUUGGACUUCACGGCCGUAGAGGGCAAUAUGGACAGCUUCAUGGCGCAGGUUAAGAGCCUGGCACAGUCCCUGUACCCCUGCUCAGCACAGCAGCUCAACGAGGACCUGCGCCUCCACCUCCUACUCAAUACGUCGGUGACCUGCAACGACGGCAGCCCGGCCGGCUACUACCUAAAGGAGUCCAAGGGUAGCCGGCGGUGGCUACUCUUUCUGGAAGGCGGCUGGUACUGCUUCAGUCGGGAGAACUGUGACUCCAGAUACGACACCAUGCGGCGCCUCAUGAGCUCCAAAGACUGGCCCCAGACUCGCACAGGCACAGGGAUCCUGUCCUCUCAGCCAGAGGAGAACCCCUACUGGUGGAAUGCCAACAUGGUCUUCAUUCCCUAUUGCUCCAGUGACGUUUGGAGUGGGGCUUCCUCCAAGUCUGAGACGAAUGAGUAUGCAUUCAUGGGUGCCCUCAUCAUCCGAGAGGUGGUGCAGGAGCUCCUGGGCAGAGGACUGAGCGGGGCCAAGGUGCUGCUGCUGGCCGGUAGCAGCGCUGGGGGCACUGGGGUGCUGCUGAAUGUGGACCGUGUAGCUGAGCAGCUGGAAGAACUGGGCUACCCCGCCAUCCAGGUGCGGGGCUUGGCUGACUCAGGCUGGUUCCUGGACAAUAAGCAGUACCGCCGCACAGACUGCGUCGACACUGUCACGUGUGCACCCACAGAGGCCAUCCGCCGAGGCAUCAGGUAUUGGAACGGGAUGGUCCCAGAGCGCUGUCGGAGCCAGUUCAAGGAGGGCGAGGAGUGGAACUGCUUCUUAGGCUACAAAGUCUACCCGACUCUGCGCUGCCCAGUGUUCGUGGUACAGUGGCUGUUUGACGAGGCCCAGCUGACUGUGGACAACGUGCACCUCACAGGACAGCCAGUCCAGGAGGGGCAGUGGCUAUACAUCCAGAACUUGGGCCACGAGCUGCGCAGCACACUCAAGGAUGUGCCGGCCAGCUUUGCUCCAGCCUGCCUGUCCCACGAGAUCAUCAUUCGGAGCCACUGGACAGAUGUCCAGGUGAAGGGGACCUCGCUGCCUCGAGCACUGCACUGCUGGGACAGAAGCCUCCAUGACAACCAUAAGGCCAGCAAAACUCCCCUGAAGGGCUGCCCCAUCCACCUGGUGGACAGCUGCCCCUGGCCCCACUGUAAUCCCUCAUGCCCCACCAUUCGGGACCAGUUCACUGGGCAGGAGAUGAACGUGGCCCAGUUCCUCAUGCACAUGGGCUUUGAUGUGCAGACGGUGGCCCAGCAGCAGGGACUGGAGCCCAGCAAGUUGCUGGGGAUGCUAAGCAGCGGGAGCUAGGGAGGAUUCUGGAGGAGGAACCAGCCCUGGCUGGACAGGUACCUGUUGCCUCAGUGUCCGUUCUGGCCCUCCCAGGCUCCCAGCCACCCCCAGCAGCCUCCCUCUUCCUCCCCUGCAGCCUUCAGGAGACCCAGCCAGAGAGGGUACCCACCCUUAGCCCACCCUUAGCCCUGGCUACAGCCUGGGACCCUGCCCAGUCACCCAUCCCCCAGCCUGCCAUGAGAGGAAAACCAGGAGCAAAGCACUGGGUUCCCAGCCCAGCAGUUCAGACAGUGCCUGCCUGCCCCAGCCUGCAUGCCCUUUUGUAUUAUUUUAUAAAGUAACUUUUUUUUAUUACUUUAACUUUUUUAAAAAAGAAAAUAAGGAAGAAAUAUAUGAUGAAUGAUACUGUUUUGUAACUUUUUUUAAAUAAUGAAAGAAGACAACAAAAGAAGCUCACCCUGGAUCUGUUUAUUUGAGGGCUGUUCUGCUGACUUUGUACCUCCCCAUAGGGCAGCAGGGGACUCCACUCUGACUCCUGCUGUAGGUUUGGAGGGCCCCCACCCCACCUCAAGACCCUAUGCAUGUGCUCAAUGAAUACCCAUUUCCCAGGGCAGCAGUUCACGGUUGCUUUUUGUUUUCUUAUUGAAAUGGAAGGAAAAGAAAAAAAUAAAAAA